UCACAGUACAGGUACAGUAUACAGUGCAGUCAGUGGUGUACCGUGGGUGCACUGAUGAGAGGCAUGCAGAACACCACAUAUAUCAGUUAUCAAAUCAAAUAUCAAGUGUCUGUGGAUUAGAGGAACAACUAGAGAAAAGACAUAAGCUUCAUUUUGCAGUGAUUGCCCUGGAUAGUGUGCAAGUGUGCUGUGUCUAUCACAUGGAUUUCUAGGAGGAAUAUAAAUUUUGAGAAUAUAUAUCACAUGAAAAGCUUAGAUAAGGAUUUAAUUUUUACUCAAUAUUAAAUACAGUUAAGCAUACUGUACCUGGUACUCUGUAAUAUACAGUACAGUACUCAGUGAGUGGAUAAAAAAUGGCUGCAGCUGAUGACAGUUUUGAUCAGCAGAAUGAUGGCGACGAUUUCUUUCAGUAUGAAGAGGAGGAGACUGGGGAGACUCAGUCCGAAGCAGCCAUUUCUUCUGGAACAGGUGGACGCAAAAGACUGUUCUCCAAGGAGCUACGUUGUAUGAUGUAUGGAUUUGGAGAUGAUCAGAAUCCCUACACAGAGAGUGUUGAUCUUCUGGAGGAUCUUGUCAUUGAAUUUAUAACUCAGAUGACACAGCGUGCGAUGGAAGUUGGCAGGUCAGGGCGAGUACAAGUUGAAGAUGUAAUGUAUUUAGUAAGAAAAGACAAGAGAAAGUAUGCAAGAGUCCAUGACCUCCUCAACAUGAAUGAAGAACUGAAGAAAGCCAGAAAGGCUUUCGAUGAAGUGAAAUAUGCAGGCGUUUAAUAUUGUAAUGAAGGAGCUAUAUAGUGUUGUCUGUAUUCAGAGUUAACGGUAAACAGUCUGUUUUGUGGUAAUUAUUAAAUAAGGAUUCUGGCAAUGGUGUAAAGUAUCAGACUGUAUGCAUGUGCGUGUUUAUUUAAAUUUUCUGUACUGUAUUUUACUCAUCCAAAAUGUUAUUACUGAAUACAGUUAUUACUGAAUACACUGCUCCUGCUGAGAUGUAGACCAUGAAGUUGAAUGUAAUUUUUUUUAUGAUUUUUGAAAAACAAAUUUCAAAUAUUUAUCUCAUUCAUAUUAAUUGAAGGUAAUUUACUACAGAAUUUUAUUUGUAAUCAUAAUGUAGAAUCUAGACAUCAGGGAAAUUGUACUAAUAGCCCUCGGAUAAAAUAUAUACUGUAUGUCUUUUUUAUAACGUUCCCGGUAGGUAUUACAGUACAGUAUAUUAUUGUGACAAUAAAGACCUUUGUUGACAGUUUUGUGUUAAGUUUUAAACCUGAGGAUUAUGGCAGCACAUGAGAAAAUCUUGCCAAUGUGAGAAUCCCUCUGAUAUCUGGUUCAUGUUUAUCUUCAUGUAAUGUCUUUUUGGUUGACAUCUUAAACUAGUGUUCAGUUUUGCUUUUCUUCUUUUUACAAACUUUGUGCAGGUAUAUCUAAUAAAUGUCAUAACAUAGUGGUAAACAACCUCACGUAGCUUUGAUAAGGGGCGAGUAAAUGUUUGUAGAGACUUACCUAAAAGUCAGGCAUCUGUUGUUUGAUCUUGUGUGUUUCUUAAAGAUAGCUUAAAUCUCUAAAAAUUG